AUGAAGGUGACGGGUCUGGCCGUGCUGGCCCUGGUGGCUCUCCUGGGUGGCGCUCGUGCCGAAGGAUUGCAGGUCAAGACGACCAACGGCGUUAUUGAGGGCUUUGCGACCAAUGAGGCCGAUAUUUGGAUGGGCAUCCCCUACGCCCUUCCCCCCGUCGACAACCUCCGUUGGCAAAACCCCGAGCCCAUGACCAACUGGCCCGGCGUCCGCGAAGCAAAGAGCUUUGGUCCUGCUUGCCCUCAGAAAUGCGAACUGCCUCCAUUGGCUUGCCAGGAUCAGAUCUCUGAGGACUGCCUGUAUCUGAACGUCUUCGCCGCCAAGAAUGUGCGCAAUGCUUCCGUUCUAGUGUGGAUCCACGGCGGUCGCUUCGAGCAGGGCAGCGAAGGCGUCGAACUCUACGACGCCCGUUACAUUGCCAACUUCUCCAACACGGUGGUCGUCACAAUCAACUACCGACUGGGCGUCCUCGGCUUCUUGACCCUCCCAUCGGGCUUCAUUGGCAACUACGCGCUGCGCGAUCAACGCCUUGCUUUGCAAUGGGUCCAAGCCAACAUUGCCCGCUUCGGUGGCAACCCCGACCAGGUCACUAUCUUUGGCCAGUCAGCCGGCGGCACCUCCGUCAGCGCUCACCUCACGAGUGAGCGCUCCUACGGCCUCUUUAGCGGUGCCAUCAUCCAGAGUUCCCCGUACGCGCUCCCGCUGCUCAAGACUGAAGAUGCGUAUGGCCACUACGACCACUUUGUGCAAGAGACUGACUGCCAAUCUGCCAGCGACACGGCUUGCCUCCUCAACCUCAGCUGGCAUGAGGUUAUCGACGCUGAAAUCUCCGCCCAGGCCAAGCUCUACCUUGAGCGCCCCCUGAUCAUGUUCUUCCCCUGGACCCCUGUCAUCGACGGUUACGAACUGACAACUGACCCGCUCACCGCCAUCAAUCGUGGCGAACACGCCAAGGUUCCCAUUGUGAUUGGCAACGUUGCCGAGGAAGCCUGGAUCUUCGUCUUCACUGCCUUCCCCAAGCUCAACAAGCUUGAAGCAGAGGCCCUGAUUGAUGUCAUCUUCCGCAACCACGAUGAGCCCAAGGGCAUCUAUGACCUCUACAAGAUCCCUGAUCAAGCCGACGACUAUCGUCCUUGGAUUUCCGAAGUUGCUACCGACUUUAUCAUGCUUUGCACUUCCCGCAACGCCAGCGCCGCCUGGGAGAAGUCGGGCAUGCCCGUCUACCGCUAUGAGUUUAACCACUCCUGGUCCAUGAAGGGUGCUUGGGGUCCCGCCAACGCCUGCUGCGAGGGACACGCCUGUCACGGCGUAGAGCUGCCCUUUGUCUUUGACUCAGCCAACCUGCUCAACUACACUUUUGAUGACGGUGAGCAAGUCUUGGCUCGCGACAUCACAACGGCCUGGGGUGUCUUUGCCAACACCUUCAGCCCCAAUGCCAAUGGCCUGCCCCAGUGGCCCCAGAAUAAACCCUCGGAGGAUGAUGCCAUCCUCUGGUACUCAAGCGUGGACACCCAAGUAAAGACGCAAUUCCGCAAGAAAUUUUGUGACUUUUGGGACGCGCAGGGCUACAUCUUCUAA